ACUGAGCACCUCCAGUUCAGCCUGGGAUGUCCAGUCCUCUCAUCAUCAUCAGGGAAUCUCCUUCCCGGGGACACUCUGAACCCACUUGGACACAUCGUGAGUGACUGCUCCAGGGAGCCCUGCUGGAGCGGAGGGGUGGGACUGGAUCACCUCCAGUUGUUCCUUCCAGCCUGUACCAUCCAGUGAUCAUCGCCAGGGCUCCUGGCUUGAUCUGCUGCAGUGUGCUCACAUCUCAUACUGGGAGCCCAGCAUCCCCCAGGCAAAGGGGAGGGCUCAGACCUGUGGGAUGUGCUUUGCCCACAGCACGGGCUCACAGCCAGCUCGGUGCUGGUUCCCGGGCAGGACAGGGCUCCUGUGUGCCUGGAGUGCCCAGGCUGUGGGGGGUGGGGGGCUGCUGGUCCCACGGGACCCAGCUGGCGCUGGGGGAAGGAGCUGAGCCCACGUUUUACUGCGCCUGAUGCAAUCCCGCUGCAAUCCACGGUCCAAGGCCAUCGGCGCAAGGGGAGAAGCUGCGCUCAACAGGGGCCCCUCUCUGGGCACAGGGGUUGCAACAGCAGAGGUGGGAGGGGUCCCGUGAGGCAGCAGCCCCUGUGAGCCCUGGCAACAGGUGGGGAAACGGGAGGGGGCAGCAGUUACCAUCCCCAGGCAGCACUGGUGGUGCCCUGUGGGGCUCUGGCUGCCAAGCCAUGCUUCUUCCAUCAGCCCUUGCUGGGGCUCUGCCAGGAGUGUUCUGCCCCACCUGAUUGUGGCCCCAAAGCUGUGCCCCUUUGUCCCGUGGGAGUCAUGAGCUGGGUGCUGAGCUACUCCCUCCAGCCAGAGUGGUGCAGGCAGGGGUGAGGGCUGGCUCCUGCCGAUGGCGUCUCAGGAACCUGAGGUUCCAGGGAGACCUUAGAGCCUUACAGUACCUAAAGAGGCUGCAAUAGAGCUGGAGGGGGACUUUGAACAAGGGCCUGGAGUGACAGAACAAGGGGGAAUGGCUUCGCACUGCCAGAGGGCAGGGUUAGAUGGAAUAUUGGCAAUAUUAGAUAUUGCUGACCCCCAGCGCAGCUGCCCUCCCUGGCCAGGGUGCAGCCCAAUGCCAGCCUAUACCCUGCAUCCAAAGGCUCUCCCACUGCUCCUUUUCUUGGGAACUGGUUCUCCCUGUGAUCCAGCCCAGGGGACUGGCACACCCACCGUGUCCCUGGCGUAGGUUCCAGCUUCUCCUGCCGGGCUGGCAGCAUCCCUGGCUUGGCAGGCAGUGGCCUCAUCCCUCGAGGGGCCAGUGCGUGUCCUGUCCUGCUGUGCCUUGUCCCAGUCAGAGCAGCGUCUUGUCCAUGGUGAGAAGAGGGGCUGAAGAAGAGGGGUUCAGUGGGGGAAAGCUGAAGGUCUCCCUAGGACACUUGGCUGGCAGCUCGCUGCUGCAGUGCCAGCGUGCCGGGUGGCAGGACCACAGUGUGUUGUCACAGCCCGGCACAACCUCGCCAUAAACCCUCUGCCAGGCCGGGAGCCGAUAACGGCGGGGCUGAAGUCCAACACGGGCAGAUCCCAGGGAGCAGAUUCCAGCCUGGGGCUCACGGUGUGGCCUCUCCGAGCUCCGUUUCGCUGUCGCGGUGCAGGGAUGGCUGCAGGCGGGCAGGUGCUGGUCCUCCUGGUGCUGCUGGCCAAGACUGUCCUCCCCUGCGGGUCUGUGAUCAUCAACAGCUGCAGCAGCGCAGCUGAGCAGCUCUGCAACUUUGUCUGUGACUGCAGUGACUGCUCCGACGAGAACCAGUGUGGGUACCUGCGGGGCUCAGCAGUGCUGGGCACCCUCUUCACUUGUGACUUUGAGGAUGGUGACUGUGGCUGGCAGGACGUGGGCACCUCAAUGUACAGAUGGGUGCGGGGCCGGGCCAACCUGGCCAUGUGGGGCACAGGGCCUCACUCAGACCACACCGUGGGCACUGACCUGGGCUGGUUCUUGGUGACUGUGUCUCCCCCUGCAAAGACUGUGGCCACGGCCUGGCUCAGGUCACCAGAGAUGCGGGAAGCAGCUGUCACGUGCGAGAUCAGAGCCUGGUACCACCUCUCAGGAAGCUGUGAGGGCACCCAAGGGCUCAACAAGACGGAGCAACCGGUGCUGCGCCUGGACGUGGCAUACGGGGACGAGGUGGUGGGGCUGUGGCAGAGCCCCCAGCGCAGCAGCAAGGGCUGGCACCAGCUGGUCGCCUACCCGGGCCGAAUUGUGGGACCGUUCCAGCUUUUCUUCUCCCUGACACAACCCCCCGCCUGCGGGGCAGAGGUGGCACUCGAUGAUAUCAUCUUCAGGAACUGUGCCUUGCCAGGAACCGGGCAGCAGGACUGCGGGGCGCAGGAGAGCCGCUGCAGCCGCGGCUCCUGCGUGGCUCGGACCCGCCUCUGCGACGGUACCGACGACUGCGGGGACGGCUCGGACGAGGACGCGACACAGUGCGAGCCCUUCACCAACUGCUCCUUUGAGCGUGAUCUCUGUGGCUGGGAGGCAGGGGCUGGGCCACCAUCGUGGGACAGGAGCACAAACCUGAACCUGGGCACCUUGUAUGGCUUCCCCACCCGGGACCACAGCACCAACAGCAGGGCUGGGUUUUUCCUCUACGUGGACAGUGCCCCCAGUACGGGGGCCAGCAGCACAGCUCAGCUCAGCAGCCCCUCUUUCGGGGCCACCAGCUCCUGCUCUCUCGUGCUGUACUGCCACCUCCACGGCUCAGCCAACAGUAGCCUCAGCAUCUCCUAUGUGACCAACUCCACCAAGCAGCUGGUGAGGGAGAGGACAGGGGACCUGGGCAGCUGCUGGGUCCGGGAGAGAGUGGACUUCAGUGUGACAGAGGCCUUCAAGGUGCUGAUCGAGGGGGUGGCCGGCAGCGGGGGGACUGUGGCCAUCGAUGACCUGAUCCUGUCACCGGGCUGUGUGAAGGAGCAGGGGAAGCCUCCAGUCAUGCUGCCAAGCCGGGCAGGUGCCGGUCCCUGUGCAGCAGGGGAGGUGGCCUGUGACAGCGGGGGCUGCAUUGCGGCAGAGCUGGCCUGUGACUUCAGCGACACGUGCACCGAUGGCUCCGACGAGAAACGCUGCGGGGCAACAACCUUCGAGUCAGGGGCUGGGGGCUGGCACGAUGUCAGUGUGGGGCACCUGCGCUGGGGUCUACAAAGGCACACUGAGCCCAACACCUUCCUCACAGGGUCUUUUCUGGGCCUCCAGGAAGGAGAAGGACAGAUGGUGAGUGCUGCAAAGGCACAAACUCCUCUGCUGGGCCCGUCUGGCCCCACUUGCACCAUGGAGAUGAGCUACCACAUCCACAGUGACCCCCAAGGCUUCCUUGCUGUCAACAUCUUGGAUCACACCACUGGCACCACCCAGCUGGCCUGGCACACACAGGGUCGUGGUGGCACAGCUGGGGAACGUGUCCGUGUCCCCCUGGGAGAGAGGAGCAGACCAUUCCAGGUCGAGCUGCUGGCGCUGGUGGACCUGCAGGGUUUGGAGAGUGUUGGCAUCGACAACGUGACAUUCGAGCAGUGCCACCUCGGCGUGGUGUCACCCACAGCUGCAGAGCUGACCUGCAACUUCGAGAGGGACAUGUGUGGCUGGUACCAGGAUCAGUCCAGUGACUUCAAAUGGGUCCACAGCAUGGGGCAGGGACAGGGCUCUGACCACACCACUGGCUCAGGUUACUUCCUCUCUGUGGACCCCUCUGGUCUGUGGGGCCGUGGGCAGCGGGCACGGCUCAUCACAUCCCUCCAGGACCCUGCUGCUGCCCCACGCUGUCUCUCCUUCUGGUACCUCCUGGCUGGCCCACAGAUUGGCACCCUGAACCUCAAGCUGCAGCCAGAGGGACAGGAGGAGACGGUGCUGUGGACCUGCCGGGGGAGCCAGGGCAGCCUCUGGCACCGGGCAUGGGCCACACUGCCUGCCACGGGCCAGAAGCCAUACCGGGUGGCCUUUGAGGUGCUGCGGGAUGGGUUCCUGGGGGACGUGGGGCUGGACGACCUGGCACUGACAGCGGGACCCUGUGGGGCCGAGCUCUCCUGCUCCUUUGAGGCAGAGGGCUGUGGGCUGGCUGCCAGCGGGCAGGGCACCUGGCAGCGACAGAGCAACGGCACCGGCACCACGGCCGGCCCUGCAACCGAUCACACCACUGGCACCGCUGCAGGUCAUUACAUGGUGGUGAGCACGGGCAAGGCCUCCUUGCCUGCAGGGCACAGGGCUGUGCUCACCUCACAGCCCUACCAGCCCUCCACGUCCACCCAGUGCCUGGCCUUCUGGUACCAGCUGAGCCCUGGGACUCCAGGCUCCCUUGGGGUGCUUGUGGAGCAGAGUGGGGUGCGGAGGAAGGUGCUGAGUGUGAGCACCACGGAGGGGAGCGGCUGGCACCGCGGCCACGGCACCAUCCAGCCUGAUGGGAACUGGCAGAUGGUGUUCGAGGCAGUGGGAGCUGGAGGUGACCAUGGGUACAUCGCGCUGGAUGACCUGCACGUGUCAGAUGGAGCCUGCCCUGAGCCAGCGUCCUGUGACUUCGAGCAGGACAUGUGCGGCUGGAGCAGCCCCUCGGACCCCCACCUGCACAGCUUUGCCUGGGGCUGGAAGAGCGGGGUGCCCCUAGCCAAGUACCCUGGCCCUGAGCAGGAUCACACCCUGGGCACAAGGAACGGUCACUAUGUGCACUUCGACACCAGUGUGCUGGGUGCAGGGGGCACCAGUGCCCUGCUGGAGAGCCAGCCCCUGCCUGCUGCCACCGACUCCUGCCUGCGGUUCUGGUACCACAUGGACAUCCCAGAGCACCUCUCCAGUGGGGAGCUGCGGGUGAUGCUGCACAGCACAGCAGGGCAGCGCACGGUGUGGAGCGUGGAGGGACACCACAGCCGGGGCUGGCAGGGUGGCGUGGUGCCUGUGCAGAGCCCCAGCGAGUUCCAAAUCAUCUUUGAGGUCAGCACACGGAGAUGGCCGUUGGAGGGGACAGUGGCACUGGAUGAUAUUGUGUACAGUGCCGGGGUGGGCUGCCAUUCCAGCCCCGAGGAGCCAGUGGAAGAGAAACCCUCAGGCAGCUUCGUGGCAGAGGUGGUGCUGGGUCUGCUCCUGGCCCUCCUCACUGUUGCACUGGUGGCUACUGGGGGCUGGUACUGGCUGAAGCAGCGAGGGCUGGCGAGCAGGACACCAGUGGAGAGUGACACUCCCCAGGGCUUUGACAACAUCACUUUUCGAGAUGACAAGGUCAUUAUAUCUCCAGUGCCAAGGGAGGGGGAUGAGGCUUGAAAUUAUCAGCCAGCAGCAGAAAUUGCCCACUCCCACCGGGCAGACCAUUCCUCAGCGAGACCCCACACUCCAGCAGCCGCUGGCUCUCUGCCCCCAGCACCAGGGAGCUGCCGUGACACCAGCGGGGCUGCCAGCCCCACAGAGACACGCCGCUGCCACCACUACCUCCAAGUGCUCGGGAAAAGCAUUUUUGUUGUUUGUAACAUGAACUUCCAAGACACAGAAACGUGCCUGUGCUUCGGCAGGCGCUGGCAGCAGUUCUUGCAGCGACCGUCCUUGUCCGAGCAGGGGAUGAAGUGUGGGGUCCUGGUCCCCAAAGCUGGGAGGAGCAGUAGGUGCUGCACGGGCAUGAGCCACUGUCCACACUCAGGACACCCCACCCACA